CUGUCAACGUCAGUGUCAGCUGGAUGUUCGUAGUGUUUAUUUCGCCAAUUUUCAAUUUUUGUGCAAGAAUAUUUUAUGAAUAACAUGAAGUAGACAAAUGUAAACUUAAAAGAGUAAUUUCUUAAUAUGAUAUUACAAACCUUAAUAUAAUAAUUUUAAGAAGAAUCAAGAAAGUUCGUAACAUAACCUGCAAUGGCUACAAUACUAAGACAUAUUUUGCGAACGAAGCCGCCAAACAUUAUGUUUAGGCGCUGGGAGGGUACAGAAAAGAAGGUUGUAGUAUAUGACCCAUUUGUAAAUAAGCCACAGAAGAACAAAGAGUCAUAUUUGGAAGUGAUAAAGAUGUUCGAAGGCCGAGAUACUCGGCGGCGGGGGCACGUAGAGUUUAUUUAUGCAGCUUUGGGACGCAUGAAGGAGUUCGGAGUUCAGAAAGAUCUGGAAGUGUAUAAGGCGUUGGUGGAAGUCCUGCCGAAGGGGAAGUUUAUAGCGCAGAAUAUAUUUCAAGCCGAGUUCAUGCAUUAUCCGAAGCAGCAGCAAUGUGCUGUUGAUUUGCUAGAACAAAUGGAAGAUAAUGGUGUCAUGCCUGACUCUGAAUUAGAACAAAUCCUCCUAAACACCUUCGGCCGGAGAGGCAUACCUCUCCGCAAAUACUGGCGCAUGCUGUACUGGAUGCCCAAGUUUAAGAAUCUAAGUCCGUGGUAUUUACCUGAUGAGUUGCCGGCAGACGUGAUGGAGCUGGCCAAACUUGCUAUACAGAGGAUAACUUCGGUUGAUCCGGAUACUGGGGUUGAAGUUUGGCAGACAGAAGAAAUAGAAGCUUCGUUAGACAAAACCUGGAUAGUCAGCGCCCAGAGUGACGCACAGAAGAUCCUACUGGCCGAGCAGGCGGAAGACGAACCGCUGGUCGUGAGAGGGCCAUAUAAAGUUUGCAUCCGGGACCAGUUUGUCACAUACUUCCUGUUGCUGGGGAAAAUCAGGCCGGAGGUUAAGGAUGAAAGUGAUCCCGAUGAUGUGUCUAACCUCAAAAAGCCUUCAGGCAUACCUGGCUUCAUUGGACAUACAACCUUACCAUCAACAAGAUCUAUAGUGCAUGAACAAGACGAUGGAACCAUAUUGUCUGUGUGUGCUACAGGAACAUCAUCGAGAGACUCUCUUCUCUCCUGGAUACGAUUAUUAGAACGAAAUGGGAACCCCCUAUUAUCCAACAUACCAGUUAUAUUCACCCUCACAGCGCCACCUAACGACAUUACUAUACAAGAGACGCAACCUGCGACAGGGAACGAAGAAAAAGUGGCGAGCACAAGCUAGUAUAAUAAUUGUUGAGAAUAAAACUAGUUGAUUUA